CUAUCCAUGAAGGAGGUUGGAGACGGGCUGCACGAGCAGAUGAACUGCAUGAUGGGUGCACUGCAGGAGCUGAAACUCCUCCAGGUCCAGACAGCUCUGGAGCAGCUGGACAUCUCGGGGAGCCGAAGCACAGUCUCUGGCACUGAGCAGCACCAGUGCUGCCGAAGCAGCAGAGACAUGCCCAGGGCCCUGCAGGACGAGCAGCCGUGUGGGGAGGAAUCAGCGGAGGACCCCAGCCCCUCGUCCCUCGCCUGUGCUGUGCCACGACCAGUGGGUUUGUGCUGUCCCGCUGCACUCCCAGAGGUCGGCCAGCUUGGAGACCCCCUGUCCUCCUUCAGGAGCCUCUGUGGUGAGGAUAUUUACCACCCAAAAGGACCUUCCUCUGUGUUGAGCAGAGCAGAGCACGUCCGCCCAAGAACAUUCGAGCCCAGUACCCAGGGCACAGCUGGGGGGUGGCCAGCGUGCCAGGAGUGCCUGGGGUGUGAUGAUGGCCACGACUGGACAUCCUCCCUAAUGUCCCAGAGCCGGAACCGGCAACCGCUGGUCUUGGGGGAUAACAUCUUUGCAGACUUGGUUGGGAACUGGUUGGAUCUGCCAGAGCUGGAUAAAAAGGGGGAGAAGAGUGAAGUACCCCUGUCCAUGAGCAGAUCCCAGGAGCUCUGCAGGAAGUUCUCCCUCACAGCCAACAUCUUCAAGAAGUUCCUGAGGAGCGUUCGGCCAGACCGAGACAAGCUUCUCAAGGAGAAACCUUGCUGGCUGCCACCUGAAGACAAACAGCGUGAGAUUUCCAAGAGACCCAGGAAGAUGAACAAACUCAAGGGGACAUUUUACUUCCCACUGCAUGGGAACAUCCAGAACCAUCACGGCAAAGCAGAGAGAUGCCCAAAGGCAGAAAGCAAUAGCGAGAAACCCAGAAUCAGCACUAAGAAAGUCCACGAUACCAUAAACUAUACCCAGUCUGGGUUUGACAUCAAUACAGCUGUUUGGGUCUGA